GCACGAGGCGUAUUAGAUCGUGGUCGGCGUUCGUGUUUGAAGCAACAAAGUACGUUGUUGACUUUCGUUUCAGUAAUACGCGCGCGCAAGCAAUAUAAGUCGCGUUCAACUUUAAUUUUCGCACCGACAAGUGACUUAAGUAAGUAGGUACGAUGUUUUUGAUUACAAUUUAAGACUUUGCGACGUUUGUUUCUUGUGAAUUAGUUUAUGUAUUGAUGAGUUCGGUUUUAACGAGUGUAAUAAUGGUGGAUUUAAAAUCGGAAGUGACUCCAACCCCGAAAAAAUCGAAACACGGUAUAUCGAUGACGACCGUGAAAAAUUGGUUGUUACCAAAUUUUGAGAGAAAUAAACCGCCCCCGGAUACUCCAAGACCCAGGAUGCACGAAUCGCUCAUGCGAUCCAUACGGAGAAAAUCCUUACGCGUGAAAAGGACAAAGUCUUUGGUAUUACCGGAGAAACGAAAAUCUGAUUCGUUCGUAAACAGUCAAGAAUGGACACUUUCUCGCUCUGUUCCCGACCUGAGGUUGGGAAUAGUGGGCUCAUUAUCCUCCGGGAAAUCGGCUUUAGUUCACCGUUAUUUGACCGGCUCGUAUAUGCAAGAAGAAUCGCCCGAAGGGGGCAGGUUCAAAAAGGAAAUCCUUGUAGAUAACCAAAGCUAUCUUCUCCUCAUCCGGGAUGAAGGUGGACCACCAGAAUUGCAGUUCACCGCGUGGGUGGAUGCUGUUAUAUUCGUUUUUAGUUUAGAAAACGAGUCCUCUUUCAACGCCAUCUACAACUACUAUACGAAAAUGUCCCACUACAGGAACUCUGCUGAGAUACCGCUGAUACUCGUAGGAACUCAAGACGCAAUAAGCGAGAACAACCCUCGGGUGAUAGACGACGCCCGUGCCAGAAAGCUCGCCACAGACCUGAAGAGAUGCUCAUAUUACGAAACGUGCGCAACCUACGGUCUCAACGUCGAACGGGUUUUUCAAGAUGCGUGUCAAAAAAUCGUUCAACAGAGACUCACACAGUCAGCUGGGUGUCCCACACCGACCAACUCAAGACCAUCAACGCCCAAUAAUCAUUUCGGUACUGUUACGAUACCGAGGCAUCACUUACCGCCCAGUGGCACCAAUGGAUUUGCACCUUCCUCUCAACAUUCCGUCAAUAAUCACGCGUCAUCGCCUAGUCAUAAUCAUAGUAUUUCCCACAAGUCACACACCCUCUCAGCAUCGACGCAACACCUCCACCGACAAUCAACCGACAAACACGAUCCCAUCUUUCGACAUUACGACGAAAAGUGGAGCUCGUCCUCUUCGACACUGGGCAGCCACGAAAAUAACAACGUGGCAAAAUUCACGGCGCCCCAGCAGCCCAUCGAUAAUGUGCAGACGUCCCAAAUAAUCCCAAAGGAUGGAAAAGAUCUGCCUACCCCCAGUUCAACUCCUACAACUACGCGGAAAACACGAAGGAGGUCGAACCUGUUUACGCCCUCGAAGAAAGGUGACGACAAGUUGAAAAACGGGGGUGAUAUUGGAAGUGGCAGGGCCAUACCAAUAAAACAGGGAUACUUGUAUAAAAGAAGCAAUAAACCUUUGAAUAAAGAGUGGAAAAAGAAAUAUGUGACUCUUUGCGACGACGGACGAUUGACCUAUCAUCCAAGUCUUCAUGAUUAUAUGGACGACGUGCAUGGAAAGGAAAUAUCCCUUCAAUACGUUACUGUGAAAGUACCUGGUCAGAAACCGAGAGGUUCUAAGUCAAUAAUCACUGUCGUUGGUACGAACGGCAGUUACAGUAUUAACGAUGGUAUUGGAGGACUAACUCUUACCACAGGAGGUUUUGAAUCUGGAAGAGACGCAUCCUCAAAAUAUGCUCAAGCCAGCGGCGAUGAAGGAAUGGUCUUAUCUAGCAGCAAUUCCUUCCUCAACGCCGAAAACUUGAAAACCGAAACGCCGAAUGUAAAAAAGAGGCACAGAAGAAUGAAAAGUAGUGGUAUGAAAAAUUCUGAAGUUGACGACUCAGAUGGUUAUGAAUUUUACAUUGUUUCAUUGGAUAAUAAACAGUGGCAUUUCGAAGCUUUAAGUUCAGAUGAAAGGGACGACUGGGUAGCUGCUAUUGAACAACAAAUUUUAAAUUCCCUGCAACUGAACGAAUCUUCGAAGGCGAAGAAACAGAACAACCCAAUGGAAGCUGCAACAAUUCAGUCAAUAAGGAGCAGGGUACCAGGAAACGACUUCUGCGUUGAUUGUGGAGCACCAAAUCCGGAUUGGGCUAGCUUAAAUUUAGGAGUACUUAUGUGUAUAGAAUGUUCUGGAAUUCACAGGAAUCUCGGGUCACAUAUUUCUAGGGUUCGAUCGUUAGAUCUGGACGAAUGGCCUGCUGGUCACCUGAGCGUGAUGUUGGCUAUCGGUAACACAUUGGCAAAUUCCGUGUGGGAAUGUCGGACGCAAGGACGCACGAAACCGACGCCAACAUCCAGCAGGGAAGAGAAGGAAGUGUGGAUAAGGGCCAAGUACGAAAACAAGGAAUUUCUGCCUGCAAUUAGCAAUACGAUGCCGCUAGGUCAGCAAUUGGUAGACGCAGUUUGCGCUUCGAAUAUGAAAUCCAUCGUCCUCGUACUGGCACAAGCCAGUACCAGUGACGUCGUCAACGCCACUGUGGCACCCAGGGACUCACGGACGCCCCUCCACCUCGCAUGUGCGAUGGGAAAUUUGGCUGUGGUACAACUGCUUAUAUGGAAUAACGCAAAUGUAAAAGCUGUCGAUCAAGAUGGUCGUACAUGUUUGGCUUACGCCAACGCUGCAGCAAGUGUUGCAGUGGCCAAAUCGCAAACCGGAAAUGGCGUGAACGCCGACAUUUCGACGUCCACGAUAAGAGGCCUUAUUGAGCUUCUACUCAGUAACGGCUGUCCGGAAGUAUCUCAUGUACCUGGAAGCGGUACGUUGCCUCGCAGACGAGGAUCACAUGCGCCAGCGCCCUUCGAAAAACUACCAUCCAGCGUUAUCUGAGACGGGAAGCUCUUCAUAGGUAAAUAACUAAUUUAAUACUAAACAGUCUGAGGAACGGUAUGUCUUCUUUUUCAUCAUUGCUAUCGGUUUAUUACAAAAGUUGGAAUUGAGGAAAAAAAGUUUUUCGAAUAUGAUAAAGAAAAUUGUUAGUAAAUUUUCUCAUUUUUGUUAAUCCGUCUUAAAAAAAAUCUCAUUAUUUCUUUAGGUUGGUUUCUAAGAAAUUAACUUCUUUUUACCUCAAAAGUAACUUAAAAAAAUUGCUUUCAAUCCUAAAACUGCAAAAAUUAAAUACUAAUCUAAUAUUUUUUUAUCUAUUUGAUACUCAUACUGAUAUCAGUAACAGUAAUAGAAAGUUGUCUGAGCGGAAUAUGGUUUUAAACAAUCGCCCUCGUCCUCUGAAGUACCGAUUGUAAAUAAAUAAUAUAAUUUCCGUGCAAUAGCAAAUAUUUCGUUAAAAUGUUUAUAUUAUAUUAUAACCGUUGGUAGUGAAUUCUCUUUAAGUACAAAUGAAAAUUAAAUAUUUAGUUCUUUCGUUUAAGCUACUUACGUAGUUGUACAAAUUUAUAUUGUUAUUUAUUGAACAACUUCUUGCAAAUAAAUUAAAUAAUGUAAUACAUAUACGUAAAAUGUAAACCUAUGACGCUGUGCACUUAAUAAAGAGUAGUCUAUAAGUAGCAUAGAUGAAUGUGUUGCACUUCAUAAUGUAUCGUAUUUGUUAUCGGUACCAUUUAUGUUUUUUUUUUCAAAAAGUAAGUGUGAUGCUAUAAAGCUUUGAAUUUUAAUUUUGAAAGAGGCGAGUUAUU